AUGGCCGAUUUCACAUCUAUCUUCGGCAUUGUUUCCGGAGUCAUUGGGAUUAUCGCCACUGCACUCACCAUAUAUCUGCUGUGCACCCCGUCAAACACGCUCAUCUGCCAAGCAGAGACGAAGUGCAACGACACCAGGGAUUACCUGAAGAAGCUGUUCGCCGAAGGACUUCUGGACGAUGACUUCUUUGUCAAAAAGUCGAAGGACAUAGACCAAAUUGAAGACAAGAUAAUGAUGCAGCGGGGCCAAUUGACUGUUAGUCGUUGGUGGUGGAACCGUUUUCAUUUUUGGGUCACAACAUGGUCGGACAUGGACCGAUACUCUGGCGAACUGGCGCUUAUUGGGGCCAUCGCUGCACGUCGUGCGUCUGAAAUGCGCAAGCGUCUGCGCUUACACCCCAGCCAAGGACCAGUAGGGUCUACCAAUGACUCUGAAUCUCGCUCCGAGACUCGCACAGCAUCGAUCACCAACAAUACCGCACUUGACAAGCUCGAAUGUGGUACCCUCGGCUUCUCCUCCCCUCCGUCGUCGACCUCGGACAGGCGAAAAUAUAGCUUCGUAAAGGUCAAUCUCAAGCGCUACUGGUCCGCGUGGUUGUUCUCUCCCACUCCUGCCGCCGGUGCGCUGCGUCUCUCCCCGGCUCGGUCCCCCGACAUCGAAGAUACUCUCCUCGCUCUGGUCCCUCCAGACCCACUACUUGGGCCGCCGCAUGGUCUCCGAGUCGACUCAGUCUCUCCCCUCUCCCUCGUCGCCGUGAUGUGGUCCCCCGUCACCCCGUAA